UCACAGGAGAAUGAAGUAGAGACCUGCCUGGAACACCUACCCUCCAGGGAGGUCAAUAUGCUUGUCAGUCCUGAGCAGGACCCACGACCACAUCAUGCCGAGGUCACCGGAUUUCCCCCAUUUCACACACCCAAAGGAAGCUCAAGCUAUAGCGAGGACAAUCACCAUACACUGGGCUGGCCAUAGCACUUUGGGGGGGAUUUGUCUAGGAGAGCCCAGGUCUUUCCUAGGCCUGGUGUUUUAGUAUUUCCUCUCCCCUUGGCCUGUGUUCAGGGGGUGGUCUUGGUUGCAUCUUCACUGCCCAGUUGACCCACGAUGUGGGUUUAGCACAGCACAUCGGUGGUGGGUGGGGCGGUCUGUGAAGACGAAGCCUGACAAAUGCAGUUUUUCUCAUUUGACUCUGCAACUCUUCUUGGGGGAACGCAUAGAUAGGAAGCUUAUUUCAUAAAUAUUUGUUGAGUUCUCGCUAUGUGCUAGGUAUGGUACUGAGCCAGGUGCUGGAGAAAAAAAGCCAUGAAUUAGUCAAGUCCCUGUUCUCUUGGAGCUUACCUUCUAGUUUUCUAUUUCUUUUUAUAGGCGAGGAAAGCGAGGCAUAGAUAUGCAGAUGGCAAAGGGCUGGCCUGAGCUGAGACUUAAGCCCUGGCUGGAUCCCCUUAGGGGUCUAGGAGCGGUCACUCCCUCUCCAAGGCCCUGGUCUCCCAUUACACCGCAGCCCUUCUUGUGGCUCCUCUUCCCUGUUCCUCUUGGAAUCCUGGGCUGUAGCGCCCAGCUCUCUGCUUGAGAGCCUACCUUUGAGGUGCUGGUCUAGCGGCGGACGGAUGAAAGUAGGGGGCGGGGCGAACUCGUGGUAACUCUGGGCUUCGAGAGCUCAGGUGCUGGGCGGGGCGUGCAGCGCUAAGUCCCGCCCCCGGCGCGUCGGCUCGUCGGAUGCGCACACGCAUCUCCCAGCGGCUCAGCCUAUUAUUGUAGGACGUCGGCGGCGUGUGACGCUCUCGCCGCAUAAAUGCAGUGGCACCCGGCGUAGGAGCACUUCGGCCUGGAACGCCUGGGCGUUCGGACGUUAAGCUGUGUCGCGGCCCGCGACAGAGCCCUCCCUUUCUUGGUGUGCCAUGGCGGACGAGGGGAAGUCGUACAAUGAGCACGAUGAUCGAGUUAGUUUCCCUCAAAGAAGAAAGAAAGGCCGGGGCCCUUUCCGGUGGAAGUAUGGUGAGGGGAGCCGGAGGUCUGGAAGAGGAGGUCCUGUCGUUCGGUGUUCCCGCCUGGAGGAAGAUGACAGAGAUGUGGCGAUGAGUGAUGCCCAGGAUGUUCCCCGAGUACGAUACAACCCCUAUGCUGCACGACCCAACCGUCGGGGUGAGAGUUGGCACGAGCGGUCUCGAAUUCAUGUUACUGUGCCUCUGCGGAGAGAUCGAGCUGCUCCAGAGAGGGGAGGGGCUGGCACCAGCCAGGAUGGGACCUCAAAGAACUGGUUUAAGAUUACAAUUCCUUAUGGCAGGAAAUACGACAAGUCAUGGCUCCUGAGCAUGAUUCAGAGCAAGUGCAGUGUCCCUUUCACUCCCAUUGAGUUUCACUAUGAAAACACACGGGCCCAGUUUUUUGUUGAGGAUGCCAGUACUGCCUCUGCAUUGAAGGCUGUCAACUAUAAGAUUUUGGAUCGGGAGAACCGCAGGAUAUCUAUCAUCAUCAACUCCUCUCCUCCACCCCAUACUGUGCAGAAUGAACUGAAGCCAGAACAAGUAGAGCAGCUAAAGCUGAUCAUGAGCAAACGAUACGAUGGCUCCCAACAAGCACUUGACCUCAAGGGCCUCCGUUCAGACCCAGAUUUGGUGGCUCAGAACAUUGAUGUUGUCCUGAAUCGUAGAAGCUGUAUGGCAGCCACCCUGCGAAUCAUUGAAGAGAACAUCCCUGAGCUGUUGUCCUUAAACUUGAGCAAUAACAAGCUGUACAGGCUGGAUGACUUGUCCAGCAUUGUGCAGAAAGCACCCAAUCUAAAGAUCCUCAAUCUUUCUGGAAAUGAGCUGAAGUCUGAGCGGGAGUUGGACAAGAUAAAAGGGCUGAAGCUAGAAGAGCUGUGGCUUGAAGAAAACACCCUGUGUGAUACCUUUCGAGACCAGUCCACCUACAUCAGCGCCGUUCGAGAGCGAUUUCCCAAAUUAUUACGCCUGGACGGCCAUGAGUUACCCCCACCGAUUGCCUUUGACGUUGAAGCCCCUACAGUGUUACCGCCCUGCAAGGGAAGCUACUUUGGAACAGAGACCCUGAAGAAUCUGGUCCUGCACUUCUUGCAGCAGUACUAUGCGAUAUAUGACUCCGGGGACCGGCAGCGGCUCCUGGAUGCCUACCACGAUGGGGCCUGCUGCUCCCUGAGUAUUCCUUUCACCCCCCAGAACCCUGCCCGAAGCAACUUAGCUGAGUACUUCAAGGAUAGUAGGAAUGUGAAGAAGCUUAAAGACCCUACCCUGCGGUUCCGGCUGCUGAAGCACACACGUCUCAACGUCGUGGCCUUCCUCAAUGAGCUGCCCAAAACUCAGCAUGACGUCACUUCCUUCGUGGUAGACAUAAGCGCCCAGACAAGCACGUUGCUGUGUUUUUCUGUCAAUGGAGUCUUCAAAGAAGUGGAUGGAAAAUCUCGGGACUCUUUGCGAGCCUUUACCCGGACGUUCGUCGCUGUUCCUGCCAGCAAUUCAGGGUUGUGCAUCGUAAACGAUGAGCUGUUUGUGCGGAAUGCCGGCCCCGAUGAGACCCGGAGGGCCUUUGCCAUGCCUGCACCCACGCCGUCUUCCAGCCCAGUGCCCACCCUCUCCCCGGAGCAGCAGGAGAUGCUGCAGGCAUUCUCCACCCAGUCUGGCAUGAACCUUGAGUGGUCCCAGAAGUGCCUUCAGGACAACAACUGGGACUACACCAGAUCUGCCCAGGCCUUUACUCAUCUCAAGGCCAAAGGCGAGAUCCCAGAAGUGGCGUUCAUAAAGUGACCCAUAGUCAUGCCCCAGAAGAUCCCUGUAAAUAACCCUUGGAUGUAGUGAUGUCUCCUCUCCGGCCCCAAGGCCACCCUGUGACUGUGACCGAGGAGGGGGUGCUGCUGGAUCCCUCUCCUCACCUGCCUUCUGGAAGACUUCGGGAAGAUUGAGCCUCCCUGGUGCCAGGAAGCCAAAGCUUACUUUGUAGAACUGACACUAAACUACCCGAAGGACUUAGGUGCUUUGUGUACUUAACCCCAGGAUCCUCCCUACUUUUUAAGAUAAAGAGUGAUAUUGUA